AUGAAGAAUAAAGUAGAGAACAUGGAUGAAGCUAGAGAAGAAGUCAUGGUUUCAGCAUCAUCCAGUGAAAACCAAACACUUAGAACUGCAUAUUGUCUCCAACCUUGCAUCCAAGACUCUAAUGUUCUUCAAUCCCAUUUUCAUAUUUCUUCUGAAACUAGCACACACCUGCCACUAGAUGUAAGGUACAAUGGAUGGAGACCACCCACUGAAGAAUGGAAAAAAUGGGUUAAAAGGUUACGACCGAAAUUCGAAUAUCUAUGGUUACAAACUGGAAUAUACCAUUCUAUUAAAGCUUCUACAUAUGAAAUCAAAAGGGAUGAUGAGUUGAUUCUUGAGCUUGCUAAUAGAUGGUGUCCCGAGACUAAUACAUUUGUUUUCCCUUGGGGAGAAUCAACAAUAACAUUGGAAGACACUGAGGUUUGUUUUGGUUAUUCGGUUUUGGGUUGUUCGGUUUCUAACCCUCUUAUGAACAGUGAACAUGUAAAAGCAGAAGAGGAAUUAAUGGAAGCAAGAAGAAUGUUUAAUAGUUCUAAAGCUAAAAAAGUGAAUCAAAGGGCAUGGAUGAUGUAUUUUAUGGAGAUUGAAAGCAGUAAAGUGGAGCAUGAAGCUUUUCUGGUUUAUUGGUUGUCAAGGUUUGUUUUUCCUGCAGAUUCUUGUGAUACUAUUUUGAAAACUGUUAUUCCUAUUGCAAUACAUUUAGCUCAUGGAAAUAGAGUAGCUCUUGCACCAGCUGUUUUAGCUAGUAUUUAUAGGGAUUUGAGUUUGCUUAAUAGCGUCAUUACAAAAAGCGCAACCACAGGCAUGAAGAGUUUAAGAGUAGCUAUUUGUGCUCCUUUUCAAUUGAUUCAAAUAUGGGCUUUAGAGAGGUUUUUAGCUCUUAAACCACGCCCUAUUACAAUAGGUCAUGGUUUACCAAAGGUGGUUAGAUGGGGUGGAGUUAAAGUAUUGAAAAAUAACAACUUGAAAAAGGACUUGAAUAUUGCAGGAUUUGGAAAUGGUUUUCUGUGGCAACCAUACCAUAAUUCACCAUCUGUUGAAGUUUAUAAUGAAAGAGAUAUGUGGAAAUGUCAUAAUCCAAGUUUUGAUGAAGAGAUACUGUCGUUUGCGCGGUGUUUGAGGGCCUGUGAAUUGGUUGGUAUGGGAUGUAGAGAGAAGUACUUACCACAUCGUGUCGCUAAGCAAUUUGGUAUGCAUCAAGACAUUUCUGAUAAUGUUGCCUCUAGAUACUAUGAUUGGUGGAAGCAUCAAAUGGAAGGUUCUGAUAAAGAGGAUCAUUUGGUAGUUUAUGAACUAUCAAGUUCUGAUGAUGAAGUAGUUGAAAAUGGUAAGACUUUGUCUGGUCAUGAAUUUACAUCUUCAAAAGUGGGUGAUGAGGGUGAAAUUAAUAGUCAAUAUUGUGGUUGA